AUGUCUCCCUGUUCCGCCACCGCCAAAGGGACAACGUCUUAUCAAGGCGGAGGAACUUCCAUCACUGCCAUACAUCCAGAUGUAAUCCGAACCCACAUCUUGAAUAGGCUUGAUGGUCCAACUCUUGCUUCCACAACCUGUGCUUCAACCCAAUUCAACUCUUUAUGCAAAGAAGAUAAUCUAUGGAGGGACAUCUGUAACUCCACCUGGCCCUCCACCGCUCACCCCUGCGUUGUGGACGCCAUCGCCGCCUUCCCUUCCGGCCACCGAUCCUUCUACUCCGACUGUUUCCCCACCCUCCACCACCGCGGCCUUCUCCACCGCCACAGUUCGAAGGAAUCCCAAGAAAAACGUUUGAUGGAAACGCCAGAACUAAUAUCAGCGGUAGAUAUUCACUACGCUGGAAAGUUAGUCUACUCCAAAGUAUUAAAAAGUGAAACCCGUUCGUUGUGGUUCUUGAGUUCACCCUUGAGAAUCGACCUUCUCAACUUAAAAGAAACGGUGCCGGUGCCGGUGCCGGUAAAUUUCGAAGGGGUGGAGAGCACAUGUAUGGAGAAUCUAGAGGAGCACCUCACAGUAAGCUGGAUUAUAAUAGACCCCGCCUGCAAAAGGGCGGUCAACGUGGCGAGUUCGAAGGCGGUGGAGACUCGACGGAACUGGUUGAAAGAGGAGAUGCAGCUCCGGUAUUCCACGGUGAUUGCGGGGGUGGAGGAGGGCGAGUUGGUUCAGUGCGUGGUGGUGGUCACCUGCGGGGGUAAGGAAGGGACAGAGUUAGACCUAAAGGAGGUAAGCAUGCAAGUGGAGGACAUGGAGGGUGAUAUUGUAACUGGAAUUGAUAGUUUGGUAAUUUUACUUGUGGCCAUGGAGGGGCAAAGAUGUAAAAGGUCAACAGAACGUUUGAUGGAAAAGCCAGAACUAAUAUCAGUGGUUGAUAUUCACUACGCUGGAAAGUUAGUCUACUCCAAAGUAUUAAAAAGUAAAACCCUUUCGUUGUGGUUCUUGAGUUCACCCUUGAGAGUCGACCUUCUCAACUUAAAAGAAAUGGUGUCGGCGCCAGUAACUUUCAAAGGUGUGGAGGGUACAUGUAUGGAAAAUCUAGAGGAGCACCUCACAGUAAGCUGGAUUAUAAUAGAACCCACCUUCAAAAGGGCGGUCAACGUGGCCAGUUCGAAGGCGGUGGAGACUCGACGGAACUGGUUGAAAGAGGAGAUGCAUCUCCGAUAUUCCACGGUGAUUGCGGGGGUGGAGGAGAGCAAGUUGGUUUAG